AUGCCGUUCGUGCUCGAGCGCGCGGGAACGCGCCGCUCGGAGGCGACGCGCGCGCGCGCGCGGUGUCAGAGAUGUCUGCGCGGAGGGGUGUGGACGUACGAGUGCGGGUGCGACGGACGGUACGUCUCGAGGGCGUCGGCGAGCGAGAGGAUGAGAGACCCGAGGAAGAGACAAAAGUUUGCGGAUGAAUUGUUUCGAAACGAAGUCGUUCCGGAUGGAGGGGCGUUCGAGGGAGGUGAGGUGGACGAUGAGAGAUUGCGGCGAGCGCUGGACGUCGAGUUUGGAGAGUUCGGAGAGCGACGACGACGCGUCGUCGUCGUCGUCGUCGGGCUCGUCGGGCUCGUCGUCGUCGUCGUCGGGAUCGUCGUCGUCGUCGGGAUCGUCGUCGUCGUCGGGCUCGUCGUCGUCGUCGUCGUCGGGAUCGUCGUCGUCUUCGUCGGGAUCGUCGUCGUCAUCGUCGUACUCAGGGUCGAGCUCAAUCUCGAGUUCGUCUUCGCGUCGAAAACGGCGUCGAUCGAAAGAGCGUCGACGUCGGUACGAUGGGUAUCGGUAGAAGCGAUUCGUUUGUAG